AUGGCCAAAUUGUUCAUGGCUUUGCUUUUGGCUCUUAUAGCCACUCAUGCCCUAGCUAGACCUAUUACGCCUGGCACCACCUUCGACGACCAAAAGAACUUCCUCACUUAUGGUGGUCUCGGUGGCUACUCUGGCAUUGGCAGCAACGGUCUCCCGUUUGGUGGGGUGGGAGGUGUCGUUGGAGGAACUGGCCCCGGUGGUCUCGGUGGUGGCCUCGGUGGCGCUACUGGAAUUGGUGGACUUGGAGGCUUGGGAGGUGGAGCUGCUGGUGGACUCGGAAGCGGAGUUGGUGGAGGUGCUGGUGGUGGAGUUGGUGUUGGCGGUGGUUCUGGUCUUACUAAUCCUUGA